UAAGUCAUUGAUUCCACGGCCACACUGGUUGCAUUUGAAAUACCGACAUCUGCUGGGCGCAUUUUGUGCCCUUUUCGUUUAUAAUUAUAGUUUAAUCAAACAGCAGUUGUGACUAGAAUGUACAACGACGAAGCGAGAACGCCCCAGGCCCUCAAGAGCAGAUAUUUUACCAAUCUGAGCGGCCUGAAGGCCCGGGCGCGCAGCAACAGCUAUACCAAAGGCCACACUCCAACGGCGUCGGCGACAAAGCCAACGAAUGGCGGCAAGGAAAAUGGAAAAUACAGCCCCCAGAUGUCGGCCGGAGUGUGCACUCCGCCGCCGAAGCGGCUCCAAAAGGUGCAAAAUCCCUUCGAGGUGGCCUUGGCGGACCGCUUGCACCUGCCGUUGAUAGCCAGUCCCUCGCUUUUCCAAUCGCGCACUCCACAACUCUGCUCCACCCAGUUCGAGUGGAACAUUGACGAGGUCUCCCAGCUGAAGCCCGCGGACGUGGAGCCCCACGAGACGCAGUUCCACGACUCGCCCGAUCCGGAGGUGGAGUCCAAAGCCCAGUUAGCCAUAAGUGCUUUCUUCAAGGAGUCGCACAAUGUGCCAAGUCCCGUGGACUGUCCCCUUCGCAAGCAUCGCAUUAUACUCGAGGAUAACACUCCGAUAUCCAACAAAUCCAAGCGCCGGCGUGACUGCGAGGUGCAAACGGAACUUAGCCUUCCGCCGAUCCUACCAAAGGCCCUCGAGGACGCCCUGCGUCCGUACAUGCAGCCCCACCUGGCGGUGGGUCGCUUGUCCGGAAGGAGCAAAUCCACCGGUGGCUCCGACAUUUUCAACAGCUCCAUGCGAAGGAAGCUCUUUGAUCUGCACAAUGUCAUCGUUUUGGGUGACCAGCAAGAUUCUGGUGAGCACUCAUCGCCCAUGGCGGGCUCUAGUCCGCAGGCCAAACAAACCCUAUUUGCGGGUCGUCUGUCCGAUUCGGCUUCCGGCGAGGGCAGCUUUGGCAGCCUUUCGCCCAUCAGGAAUCUCUGCGGCCUGCCACCAGGCACACCGGACGAUGGCAACUGCUCGGGGAAGCGGAAGCUGCUCAUGCAGGAGAUGGAACUGCCCUCGCCAAUAGCGGCUUCCGAGCAUUUAAGCAGGCGAAUGGCGUACUCCAAGGUGGAGGUGAGCGUCACAGAGCAGCACGAUACUCUAUCGGAGCGAACUGCCUUGAAAUUCACGCCGGACAGAAGUUCAUCGCCAAUGGGUGGGGGACUGGAGCACUCCGAUUGCAGCAUCAAUCAGAGAGUCAGCCGGUUGAGGGUGAACAGCACGCGACAGCAAGUACUAGUCGAGGCUGGCGACAAGCCUUUGUUCGAGGAGACCGAAGAGGACGAGGAGGAGGAGGAGGAAGAGCCAGACACCGAGGAAGAGGAUGAAGAGGGUGAAGUCGAGGCCAUGCAAUUGUCCACCCUCAGCUUCAAUUGCAGCUCCUCCAACUCGGACACACCACGGGGACACCGAAGACGUCGCUCUGCCCAACGCAAGAAUCUCUCGCAAUCUUUUAGUGCCAAUUUGGAGGAGGAGGAGGAUCGGGAUCAUGCUCAGGACAUAUCGCUAAACCAGCAAGUUGAGCAGCCUUUAGUAGUAUCACCACAGCAGGCACCCCGCAUACCGCUUUACCGGGUAGACAGCGGCUUUAAUGAGACGACCAGCACCUCGACCUUUGCGUGCUCUCAGGAUUUACCAAUGGAUGUGUCUAUGGCCUGCUGCUCCACUCCUUCCACCCGCUCCUGACCCCAGCAAUUCUCGCUUAUAGUUUCUCUUAGGCUAUUUAAACGCAAUAACUCGUAUAUUUCCGCGCUAAGUGAGAGGAAGACUAGAGUUCUAACUGCAAUGUAAUCCCACCGAUUAUUUUAUUUUAUAUUCGUCAUCAUUUGUGUGUUCUUAGUUAAUUAUUCGCCAAACUAGUUGUGUAAUUUUUGUUCAUUUUAAUUGACUGAUUUGACGGUCGUCACUGUUUAGUUUAGUUUCGAUGCCAUAUUUAGAUUGAAAAUAAAAUUAAUAAUUAAAUAA